CUCCGGGAGGGCGGCCAUUCAAACCAGAGCGACGUAGAGGAGCAGAAAAUGGCCGCGCCCGGAGCGACGCAACGAGAAGCCGACCUGCCUCGCGUCGCCGACUCCGGUUUGGAACUGCGCGACGUUCCCGCCGUUGCCGUGACUGUGGCGCCGGCGACGCCCGUGGCUUCGGUUCCCGGCGGCGCCUCCUCGGUGUCUGUGGUUUUCCCCGGCUUCGUGACCCGCGAGGGCUGCUUCCGAUUCACCUCCGAGUUCAUGAAGCACGUCUUGUACCAGAGGCAGCAGCUGCCUUUGCCUUACGAGCAGCUCGCCUGCUUCUCCCGGAGGCAGUUUCCGAAAUCCCCCGGCCAGGAUGAAGAUGUGGUCAAAAAAAUCAAUCCAAAAGAUCAAGACAGCAACAAGAAGUGUCAGCAAGUACUGAGUGAACUUGAAGGAAUGUUUCAGCACUUAGAAAACAUGUUCAGUUUGACAUUGGUCCCACGAGUUCUUAUUCUGCUUGGGGGCACUGCUGUCAGUCCCAAAGAACUCUAUGAGAUCAAUCUGCAAGGUAUCUCCAUGAGCAGUGCUGACGAGAGUCUGCAGACAGGAGCAUGUAUUCGCAAGCUUUUCCGUUCGCUCUUCCUGGCAGAUGUAUUCAGCGAGCUUCAAGCCGUUCCCACUAUGGGUGUCAUUGUUAUGGUUCAAGGGCACCGCAACUGUGGUGUUAACUGGUUCAGACCGAAACUAAACUACAAAGUGCCAGCCCGAGGGAGGAAGUUGACGGUCAGCUUAUCGUGCAGUCACAGCAAGAAUACAGUCGUUUCUGCCAAUCAGGAGAUGAACUUUAUCUUGGAUGAUUACAUAUGGUUUCAAGCUCCAGUGACAGUGAAGGGCUUUCGUUACUCUUGA